CAUGCAACGCGGAACGAAAAGACUAAAUGUCCCAACAUGCAACGCGCCCGCAGCGGAUUCCCUGAACCCUCGAAAAAACGACCAAUCCGGACUACAAUACCCGGCAUGCUGCGCAACCAGUGCCUCGCUGCAUGUUGGGAUAUGUAGUCUCCAUGCGCAGCCGCUGCGCCAACCACACCUCCCAUUGUCGCUUCGUUGUCGGCCUCUCCAAGCCGCUCGUCAACAAUAACCGCACGCUAGGGGCGGCGGCUACGCUUCCCUGUAUUCAGCAAGGGCCUAUGCGCACUUUCCCCACGGCCCUCCUAGCCGGGGCUGGCUAAAAGGGGCGUAGCCGCCGCCAUGGCCGGUUGUUGUCAGUCGCUGGCAGCGGGUUAUGGCGACGGCGGUGAAUGAAUUCUCCGGGCGGCAGAGGGAAGAAGAAGGGCUCAGCCGGCUCCAGCUCCCCGUCCCAGGCCCCCGGAGCCUCCCCCUCCUCCCCGGCCGGGCCGGCUCCCCCCCUGCAGCAGCAGCAGGCGGCGGUGGGGGCGGCCGCGGCGUCUCCCCAUAAGCGGAACCUCUAUUACUUCUCCUACCCGCUCUUCGCCGCCUUCGCGCUGCUCCGCUUCGUCGCCUUCCAGCUCGGGCUGCUCUUCGCCUGGCUCUGCGAGCGCCUCUCCCGGGGCGCCCUCAUGGCCGCCAAGGGCAGAGCCGGGGCCGGCGACGCGCCCGAGCCCGGCGGGGCGCCCGAGACGGUGCGAGCCUGCCACAAGCGAGCCUUCGAGUGCAUCUCCGUGGCGCUGCGCAUCGAUGAGGAGGAGAGAGCAGGACAAAAGGAACAAGCUGUUGAAUGGUAUAAGAAAGGAAUUGAAGAACUGGAGAAAGGAAUAGCUGUCUUAGUUAUUGGUCAAGGUGAUCAGUGUGAACGAGCUCGACGUCUGCAGUCUAAAAUGAUGACGAAUUUGGCUAUGGCAAAGGAUCGUUUGCAGCUUCUAGAGAAGCUGCAGGCAGUUUUGCAAAUUCCCAAGCCGCAAAUGGAGGUCUAUAAAGACAGUACUAACCUGGCAUGCCGCAAUGGACAUCUCCAGUCAGAAUGUGGAGCUGUUCCAAAAAAGAAGGAUCCAUUAACGCACACGAGUAACUCCCUUCCUCGUUCAAAGACUGUUGCAGUUGCAAAACCUGGAUCCACAGGCCUUUCUGGUCAUCAUAGAACCCCUAGCUAUAGUGGGGUAUCAACUUUCUCUGUAUCUAGACAGGGAGCCAAUCCUGCAACUUCAACACACAAGACUACUUCAAAAAAUAGCCGAACAAACAAGCCUUCUACUCCUACAACUGCUGCUCGAAAAAAGAAAGACUUGAAGAUAUUUAGAAACGUUGAUAGUAAUCUUGCUAAUCUAAUUCUGAAUGAAAUUGUUGACAAUGGACCAGCUGUCAAAUUUGACGAUAUCGCUGGGCAAGAGCUGGCUAAACAAGCACUGCAAGAAAUUGUUAUCCUUCCCUCCCUUAGACCUGAGUUAUUUACAGGACUUAGAGCUCCUCCACGUGGAUUAUUGCUGUUUGGCCCACCAGGAAAUGGGAAGACUAUGUUGGCCAAAGCAGUUGCUGCAGAAUCAAAUGCAACCUUCUUUAACAUAAGUGCUGCAAGCCUAACUUCAAAAUACGUAGGUGAGGGAGAGAAACUGGUGCGUGCUCUUUUUGCAGUAGCCAGAGAACUUCAGCCGUCUAUAAUUUUUAUAGAUGAAGUUGAUAGCCUUUUAUGCGAAAGAAGAGAAGGUGAACAUGAUGCUAGUAGGCGUCUAAAAACAGAAUUUUUAAUAGAAUUUGAUGGGGUACAGUCUUCUGGAGAGGACAGAAUACUUGUAAUGGGGGCAACUAACAGGCCACAGGAGCUGGAUGAUGCUGUUCUCAGACGAUUCACCAAACGGGUGUAUGUAUCUUUACCAAAUGAAGAGACAAGAUUGAUUUUACUAAAAAAUCUUUUAAGCAAGCAAGGAAGUCCAUUGACCCAAAAAGAGCUGGCACAACUAGCCAGAAUGACAGAUGGAUACUCAGGAAGUGACUUAACUGCAUUAGCAAAGGAUGCAGCACUGGGCCCUAUUCGAGAACUAAAACCAGAACAGGUAAAGAAUAUGUCUGCCAGUGAGAUGAGGAAUAUCAGAUUGUCCGAUUUCACCGAAUCUUUGAAGAAGAUAAAGCGCAGUUUGAGCCCUCAAACCCUGGAUGCAUAUAUUCGCUGGAACAAGGACUUUGGUGAUACUACAGUUUGAAGAACUGCUGUAUAAAAGUGAGGAGAAAGUGCUGUCUGCAAUGAGCAGUUGAUACAGACUGUGGGAAUGCAGCCAGAGUUUACAGGACUUCACAGAUCUUUAAAUAUCUGCACUGGCAACUUGAGAUUUGAUUGAAAAAGAAAAAUUAUACAAUGUGAAAAGUGUUGAUUAAGGCCUCCGUGCCUUUUUAGUCAGGAUUUACUCACAGGGCAUGUAAGUUAAAGCACAAUAAGACCUGGGGUAAGACUUCUAGCAAUCUAAUCAUUAAUUUGUGUAUUUUGUUGGCGAUAUAAGGUCCACUUGUAUUGACUGUUCAAAAAUUUAUACUCAGUUUUUUUUUUAAAUUUUUCACAUGACAUUUACUUUUCCUGCUCUCUACCUGGUAACUACUAACUUAUAACUGGAACUUUGUAAAUUUUUGUUUCAAUUUUUAAUAUUUUUAUCCAUACUGUGCCAAAUAAGCCAUUUCCCUCUGCAACAGGAAGAACAGCAUUGGGAAUUAGCAUUAUUUAAAAAAAAAAAAGUAUCCAAAUAGAAAGCAGCUGGUCUGCUACUACCUUGUCUUUUGUCUGGUUAUAGUGUGGCCAUGCAGUUCACAGAACAGUUUUUUUAAAAAAAAAAGACCUUUGGUAGCAGAACAGCAAAAAUCCUAUCGAACCAGUUGAAAUUAAUAAAAAAUUAUUAUAUUAUAAAAGUGCUAUACUAAGCCAUUUUUGCCGGUGGUAUUUUUCUUUAAUUCAUUUGUAAAGCUUCCACUGUAGAAUGUUGGUUUAUUCUUAUGGUGUGUUAACUUCUACUUGAAGCCCAACUGAUUUUGGAGAGAAUAAAUGAUGCUGUCAAAUUGUGAAGUUUUAGAACUAGUGUUUCUACUCUGUAUUAGUUUGUCUGUGUACAAUAACUAAGUUUGUUUCCAUUCUGGUCCUUGCUUUUUUUAAUUUACAGAGGAGAGCAUUAAAAUAAGUGGCUAGAUAUUUGAUACAUAGCACACACUAACAUUUUUAUACCUUUCAUGUGCUUUGGUUUGUAUACUAAGAUCUAAAAUAAACUCCACUGAUCUGCUUUUUUAAAAAGUAAAAUAACUACAUUCUUAAAAAAAAACUGAAUUUUUAUUAAAUAAAUGACAUACUGUAGUAAACAGAAACACUUAAAUCAUGAUCUUUAAAUACCAUAAUAAAGGGAAAUGCAUAUUUGGCCUGUACUGCAUAUGGGCAACAUUUUGUUUACAAACUUCAUGGUCAACAUUUUGUUUACAAACUCUACUGUGGAGCUAAACUAUGAUUAAAACAUGAGAAAAUGUUUGUAGAAAGGCAUCCUGUAACAGCUUUGAAAAAGAUUUUUCUUCAGUAAUUAAAAAAACAAACAAAACCUCCCCACACUUGUGAAGAUUUUACUACAAAAAUAGUGCAUGGAUUUUUACCGUCCGUGAUUGUUUAAGAAAUCUGUUUAUAUAGUUUGUAGUUUUUCUUCAGAAAUUGGAAACUGAGUUUUCUAUUAAGGUUGUCAUGAAAAUACUUUUCUUACUGCUUCAGGGAGGGAGAAGUCAAAACACUGAGGACAGUUGAUCUUAUAGUUUUAAUUAUAAAAAGAACUAGCUGAUGUAGAACUAAGGUGCUUACAAUUCUAUGACAGAGCCCUCUUUUAUCCAUUGCACAAUAUCAGGACAUAUAUAACAGCAGAAGCUCUGUCAGCUGUUCAGAGACGUAAACAUGAUUGUUCUAUUCAUGUCUGAAGAAUUGCAGAGAGAUUAAUAUUACAAAAAUCAGUUAAGGCAAUAGGAGGUGAUAAGAAAUAGAGGCACUGUUGCACUGAAAUGCCUUUUAAAGAGUAUAACCAGUUUGAUUAGAAAACUUCAAGAGUGCAAAGUUUCUCAAAUGUGUGUCAUACAUAAUUAAGGUAUGUGAGUUCUGUUCCCCUGAUCCACCUCUCAGGACAGCUUGGAAAGGUAGCCACUGCCAGUGGCAUUAUAGGAUUUCAAUGCCUCAGCUUUCUAAAGAGACUUUUUUUUUUUUAAUAAUUCCACUUUGCGUUCUCUUCUGCCUUAGAAUUCUGAAGCACCUGUUUUGCACUGCUGGGUAAUUCAGUCAUAGGUUUCAUCGCUACGGUUGGAUAGUACUUAUUGGUUAAUACCUCUUCGUUAACUAGUCAGACCUCUUAAGACCCCUCAUUUCUCUUUCCAUGAAAUUGUAUAAUCUUGUCUCGAGCACCUUAUCUAAAAUAAAAACUAUUUACCUAAAGUAGUAAUUAUUGCGCCAUAUCUUUAUAGUAAGUAUCUUUUUUCUUUUUUCUGCUAACCAAUCUAAACUUUUCUUUUAGUCCAUUCCUUCAUGUUAGUAGUGUCCAGUGUAAAUAAGUGCUCAUUAGCAGUGUAAUGUUCCACCUGAUGUGUAAGGAUCAUUCCCACCUGUUAAUGUUAAACACCUAGAUGAUGAAGCAUUAUUAGCUAGGAUCAUAGAGAAACUUUAAACAUGCAUAUGCAUCAGAGGGGAAGAGGAUUAGUUCCUUAAUCUUUGCUGUACAGCCAGUACAGGUCACUGACCCCUCUUACACCCUUUUCUCAAGCAAUUAGGCACUGCAUUUUCUCAGAGCACAGAACUGGAAGAGACCAGGCAAAAGUGCAGCUCGGUACUGUAGCACGUUAUUGUGGACUUCUCUCACUACAGGUAUGGCUUGUGAUCAGACUGGAGUCCUGGGAAUGGGCCUGAAUAGGAGAAUGGGUCUGCCUUAUCUUCAAGUCAGCUAUUCCUUCUUGCUUGCCCAGUGGCUCCAUCCAGGUUCUGCGCGCAGAAUUUGAGUUUAAAAAAUUGGCUGCUGUCACUCAAGGUCAAGAUACUACAGAAAGCCAGUCAUUUUCUGAUUAGUAGUGGGAGGAAUCCUUUUUUUUUUUUUUUUUUUUUUAUCUAGUCCUUCACCUAACAGAGGACCUCAAAUACAGUGGAGAGUUUUGGAUUUUGGUCCUCCGCAUGAGUAAAAAGUUGAGCCAUGUCAAGAGGCCACUUUUCACAACCCAGAGUUACAAAAACCAAAGGAGCAGACAAAAAAAAAACAUUGCAGCAAAUGUACCUGAUGACUCAAACUGGAGUGAGGUUAAUUGUAUUUUUGCUCUGAGAGACUCUUAUUCAAGAGUGUCCUUUCUUGAAUGUUUGGUUUCUGAAAUGUUAUAAACAUUGCUAUGGAGUAUUAAGCUAUGUAUAAAAGCAUGCUGAGCAUUCACAUUGCUUUCGUUUCACAGUGUUGGUUGCCCUACAAUAAAAUGUUGCGAUUUGUCUUGUU